GCAACUCCGUUUAGUAUGACAAAUGAGAGUUACUUCCCUUGUCUAUCGAUUGGUGAUCCUCCCAUCCUUGAGGAAUUUCUCAAGACCUUUUGUAGCAUGGCGGAGUGCGAGGCAGCUGAGUCUGAGAUCAGACACGUUCUAAUCACUGGUGCACGAGGUGUGGGCAAGACAACCAUUUUACAGAAAGCUUGCGAGGAAUUGGAGAAAGAGGGUUUUGCACUGCAUGGAUUUUACAGGGAAAAAGUACGACAUUUUGGUCGAGGAAAAGGCUAUGAUGUGGUCAACCUGAACAAAGAAAGGGCAAAGCUGUCGCGAGUGGACGACGAAGGAGGUUUUCUCAACCGUCAUGAUCCUAACCGUAGUGGUCGCUAUCUCGUGCAAGUAGAAGAGUUCGAAGAAUUUGUUUUGCCUCUAUUGCAUGCUAGCAAUACGGGAAUAACUGUUAUAGACGAAAUCGGAAAACUAGAAGCCUACAGCCGAAGUUUCCACCAAGCCGUGCUCAGUCGGUUGGAUGAUCCACGGUCGAAAGUUUUUGCCACGAUUCCAGCGAGAAAAGGACGGCCUAUACCUUUGGUGGAACAAGUACGGAACCGAACGGAUGUAAAAGUUUUUACUGUAACGAAAGAGAAUCGCCACAGCAUUCUGUCGAACGUUCUCAGCGUAAUAAAAAAAAUUGCUUCUGAAAAUUAAUUUCUGUGAAAGAAUUCUCCAUUUACACUGAAGUUGUAUGAUAUAUGUAUGUAUAUUGCUUGGCGGAUCAUGAUCGAGACAGCCAAAAAAAUCAACAACACUCCCUUUCGUUUCAACUUCAAUAUCUCUCGAUAUAUCUAGACGCAUUGUUACUCUCUUCUUUCUCUACUUCUUACAGCCUUUUUCAUCUCAUUUUUUUUCCUCGCUUCUCAACCAUCUUUCUUUGACAUUGCAUCUGUGUGUCUGUCUGCCUCUCUUUCACACACACCCAUUUUCUAUUAUCCUACACGAGAGGUACCCGCAUUGUUAUUGAAUACACGGAACACUAAAUUCAAAACAAAUGUCAAUUGUACAAAGUUAUUACUGUUUUAUUAUCAGCAAGAUUGUUGCUGGCACGAAUCGGUAGAGCGACAAACAAAAUAUUUUUUGGAAUUGAACUUUUUUGUGUUCUGAAUCCAAACUACGUUGGAGAUCGAUAAUACCAAUCUCAGUAGUAUCAACAUCAAUGUAAUUAAUUGCUAACGCACUGGCGUACAUCGUAGUGCCGUCACGGCUAAUGCUCCUAGCUACCAAAUUUAGGACCCGGUUUCAAUUUCUCUCUACAGAUCAGUAUUUGUAUAUUUUGCUCUCAAGACUUUUAUCGCUUGAGCGAAUCAGAGUUGCUCAGCAGAACUUUUUAACAUUCCCCAUGUCAACUACAAUAAAAGCCAGAGCACAGACAUAUCCACUUAUGAUCCAACAUACAAGGUUUUUUUUUUUUUACGUUGUUGUACACACACGAACUGGGUAAAAACCCAUUACAAAAACCGGAAAUCAUUGGAAAAAAAAAAGACCCAAAUUCCUGGAAGUAUACAACAGACAUUAAGGAAACGUAUUUAUUUAUAUAUAUAUUUUUUUUUUACACCCAUUUGCUUUUAUUACUUUAUGAAUACAUAUCUAAGCGUUUGGCACCUAUAAGAAAAUAUGUGUAUAUAUCAGCCUCAACCAUCAUCUGUUGCACAGCAUAUGUGAAAUCCACACAAACUCUUUAAUUUUUACAACAUUUACAUAACGUAUGUGAGUCUGGCUGUGUGCAUAUGUGUUUUAUAUAUAUAUAUAUAUGACGCUUUACUGGACUGGAAAUUAUUAUUAUAAAGCGCUAUAUUUUUGUAAAUAUUUCUUUCAACUUUUAAUGUAUCGACUGUCGAAUAUUUGGUUCUUUAAAACACCCACGAUCUAAUCUAAAUAAUGUGUGUAUGUGGGUGGGUGUUUAAACAACCACGUUGGUUAUUGUGCGCUCUUAUGAAUAGUUAGUUUUUUGGGCUAGCUGUCUUUAAAUUUCUUUUAAACUAUUUGUGUGUGUGUUGCCAGCUAUGCUACAACGACAUCGACAACAACAACAACAAUGUAGUGUACCAAUCCCUGUCCGAUAUCGAGGCGUGCUGCGUAGGUGGGUCGUAUAUUUAGUAACAUAUUUGCCUGUCAGCAGCUAUGCGACAUUCAAGAGGACGACGACUGCUGGUUGGGAAUGGCGGUAGAGAGACAGCAAAUCUUUGUCAAUGUGGUUAAAUGGCACAGCGAUCCAAAAUGUUAAGUAAUGAUGAAAAAGGUGAAGGUUUCAGCUAGUGCGGUUGACAACCAGCUGAUUAGUAACACCAUAGUUUGGCUCUUUUUUCUUUUUUUUCUUUACUCCUGCACUUACUGGAUUGCGGCCGUGCUUGAAGCACUUGCCUGAAAGUAUCUGGGCGAUCAGAUCUCCAUCUUCCCACCGUACUUUUUGGUACUUGUUUUAUCUGGUAUUUUAUCGCUGUAUAUUUAUCGAACUGCUAGUUCACAGGGACGCAAACCAACACCGGUUGCCUGUCAGUACGAAACACAAAAACGUGCACAUGUACAUAACACACACACACACGACGAGGUCCCACACAGUUUCCAGCUUAUCAAAUUCACUCACAAAUCAUUGGUCACUUCUAAAACAUUCUACGAAUAGUGUGUGUUGGGAAGGGACUAAGUAUUUUAGCAAUUACUGGUUUUUUCAUUGUAAACUCCAAUUUAUGAUAUAUUCUGCUGUUUUCACAUCAUCAUCACCAUUUAACGUUCGUUUUCCAUGUUGGCAUGGGUUGGACAGUUUUGGCAGGAUCUAAGGAGCCACAGGGCUGCAUCAGGCUCCAACAUCAGUUUCGGCCUGGUUUCUAUGGCUGAAUGCCCUUCCCAAUGCCAACCACUUUACAGGGUGGACAAGGUGUUCUUUACAUGACACCAGCAGAGUCACAAAGCAUUGGUUUGCCUGGGAAGUAGAAGACACCUAACCAAGGUGUCAUGCAGUGAGACUGAACCCAAAACUGUGUGGUUAGGAAACAAUUUUCUUAACUGCACAGCCACGCUGGUAUGGACCAGGCAAUUUGAAUCUGAUGCUUACCAGGACUGUAUUGAGCACCUGUGUCUGCUUUGGCAUGGUUUCUAUGGCCCAGAUGCCUUUCCUAAUGCCAGCCACUUCACAGAGUGUAAGUGGGUGCUUUCUUUUGUGCCACUGGCACUAGUGAGGUCACCAAGUAACUCACAAGACUAAGAUCCUCUUUAAUUGAGAGGGAGGUGGUUUUAUGCCAAGUAUUGAAGCUUAAAACAUGAUAUAGGGAUAACUGCAGGUACCUUGCUAUAUAGGAGAUACACGACUACCCUGAGAUUAGCUGGAAGGAAGGAAAAGAUGGUGGCGAUGAUGUGCCAGUACUUUCAAGAUUCAGAAAAAUGAGUCUAUGUGAGAAUACAGACAGGAGAUCAGGGCAGGGGGAAGGGGGUGUAAUUUCAUAUGAGUGUGAUAAAGGGUUAGAGAUGAGGCUAGAAGUAGAUGCAAUGAGUGAUAAACAAGGGUGAAGGUGUGGCUGAUGGUAGCUAACAAAGCAGUCCUCCUUUUGAUACAGAUCUGUGGUGAACAAGUUCAGUGGCAUAGCAUCAGUUUUGACUGUCCUUUUCUUUAACCCUUUAGUAUUUAAACCAGCCAUAUUCGGCCAAAAUAUUCUACCUGUUUUAUGUUCAAACUGGCCAAAUCCAGUCUCUCACACCUGCCCUAUAAUGUCAUGCUAAAAGUAAAACAAUCACGUUAUCAAAAUCUCGAAGUUGCAUGAUUAAUUCAAAAGAAUGUGAAUAUAUAUAGGUGCAGGAGUGGCUGUGUGGUAAGAAGCUUGCUUCCCAACCACAUGGUUCUGAGUUCAGUCCCACUGCGGGGCACCUUAGGCAAGUGUCUUCUGCUAUAGCCUUGGGCCAACCAAAGCCUUGUGAGUGGAUUUGGUAGACGGAAACUGAAAGAAGCACGUGGUAUAUAUGUAUAUAUUUGUGUGUGUCUGUGUUUGUCCCCACCACCAUCACUUGACAACCGGUGUUGGUGUGUUUAUGUCCCCAUAACUUAGCGAUUCAGCAAAAGAGACCGAUAGAAUAAGUACUAGGCUUACAAAGAAAAAGUCCUAGAGUCGAUUUGUUCAACUAAAGGUGGUGCUCCAGCAUGACCGCAGUCAAAAGAAUAUAUAUCUAUAAGCACUACAUUUGACAGAGUAAUCUGAAUGCUAAAGAGUUACACAUAACAUACCUUUGACUACAGCAAACACACAUGUAUAUAAAAGGAUUUCUCUAUGUGGUAUCCAUAUUGGCCCACUCCUCCUUAAAGAUAGCAUGCCUUUGACUUCAACACACAGACACACACAUAUAUAUAUAUAUAUGUGUGUAUAUAUAUAUAUAUAUAUAUAUAUAGUGAUUGCCCUAUAUGGUAGCCAAAUUGGCCAACCCCUUUUUUUAAGUGUAACAUAUCUUAGCAAACACACACAUAUAAGAUGGCUUCCCUGGGAGGCCUCUACACUCCACAGUGCUCUAUGCUUUGCCACUGAACAGUUUCACAAGGAUACGCCUCAGUCAAAUUUUCUAUUCUUCCUUGAAUAAUUUUACCUACAAAACCCAAACAAAUCCUUUACUAUUUUGUGACUUUUAUAUUUCUAUUUUUUUAUAUUCUUACAAAAGUAUUGAACUGUUGAGAACAUACAACCGUGAAUUCAAACCUUGCAAUAACCAUAGUGUCCCACCACUUAUUCCACUGGGUUCCUUAUUCUUCAGUGCCCUCCCACUAGCACCACAUCCCAGCCAAGGCUUCUUACUCUACUUGUAUCAGUCAAAGUUUAUGUGUCCUGUCUAUUUAAUGUUCAUAUAUUUUCAAUGUUGAUGGCAGGAAUGUAAAUGCCUCAAGGUACUCAUAUGGUACAGCAAAUAAUAUGAUUUAUUUGUUGGAUACAAUGGCCCAGUGGUUAGGGCAGCGGACUCGUGGUCAUAGGAUCGCGAUUUCGAUUCUCAGACCGGGCGUUGUGAGUGUUUAUUGAGCGAAAACACCUAAAGCUCCACGAGGCUCCGGCAGGGGAUGGUGGCGAACCCUGCUGUACUCUUCCACCACAACUUUCUCUCACUCUUACUUCCUGUUUCUGUUGUGCCUGUAAUUCAAAGGGUCAGCCUUGUCACACUCUGUGUCACGCUGAAUAUCCCCGAGAACUACGUUAAGGGUACACGUGUCUGUGGAGUGCUCAGCCACUUGCACGUUAAUUUCACGAGCAGGCUGUUCCGUUGAUCGGAUUAACUGGAACCCUCGACGACGUAACCGACGGAGUGCCAACAACACAACAACAAUGUAGAGUGGGUACAGUCAAUCAAAUUAACCCGAAUUCUUUAAUGAUAUUUUUAUUUUAUCAACCUUGGAGAAACGAAAUAGCAAAGUUGGCUCUGACUGACUUGGUUUUGGGGUUUUUUUUUUGUUUUAAUGUUACCCACACCCCAACCAUGUGAUCUGAACUAACCAAUCAGUUCUUCCGCAAGAGAACAUUAAUAUUCUUCUGGAAUUCCCUCUGUGUCCAUCAUUUUCCUGCCAUUGUUGAUUUGCUAUAAUUCAGUAGGAACUUAACCAAGUUGAUCUUACUGGUCCCUGGGAGACACAGUUUCUCCCUCCUAAGUAGCUGUAGUAAUAAUGAUGAUAACUUUUUCUAUUAUAGGCACAAAGCCUUAAAUUUUGGGAGGGGUGUGGCAGUUGAUUACAUUGACCUCAACGCCCAACUGGUACUUAUUUCAUUGACCCCAGAAAGAUGAAAGGCAAAGUUGACCUUUGUGGUAUUUGAACCCAGAAUGUAAAGUCAGAAGAAACGCCACUAAGCAUUUUGCCAGGCACAAUAAUAAUAAUAAUAACAAUAACAAUAACAAUAAUAAUAAUAAUAAUAAUAAUAAUAAUAACAACAACAACAAUAAUAAUAAUAACAAUAAUAAUAAUAAUAAUAAUAAUUUUAUUUGUUUAUUGCCUAGAGGGGACAAACAAGGACAGACAAAGGGAUUAAGUCGAUUACAUUGAUCCCAGUGCAUAACUGGUAUUUAUUUACUUUACCCCGAAAGGAUGAAAGGCAAAGUCGACCUCGGCAGAAUUUGAACUCAAAAUGUAAUAGCAGACGAAGUACUGCCAGCUCACCACCCUUAAUAAUAAUAAUAAUAAUAAUAAUAAUAACAAUCCUUUCUACUAAAGGCACAAGGCCUGAAAUUUUGAGGGAGGGGGCUAAGUAUUUUGUCCAGCAUGCUAACAUUUUUGCUCGGUUGCUACCUUAAUAAUAAUAAUUCUAACUUUGGCACAGGACCAGCAAUUUUAAGAGGAAUAGGUUAGUAGAUUACAUCAUCCCUUCUCCCCCAGUACUUGACUGGUACUUUAUUUUAUUGACACUUAUAGGAUGGAAGGCAAAAUUGACCCCAGUGGUAUUUGAACUCGGUAUGUAAGGUCCCAAUACAAAUACUGCAAACCCUUUAAAGAUUCUGCCAGCCCUCAAUAGCAAUAGUCAUUAUAUUAUAUUAAUAAUAAUACCAUAAAGGCAUUUAGUUUGCUCAACUGUUUCAAAAACAACACUCAUGAUUUUUUAACCCAGAAGCUGUGAUAUUCAUGCUUUUCCCAGGAUUUUUAUGAUUGACUGACUCUAGGCUACUGUUAUCCUAAUACUUCCUCGUGUGACUCUCCGGUGAAAUAAAUGUAGACCCUUGGACCCCAGCAACAUUGUAAAAGAGAAUUAUAUAUCAGAAGAAAUUAUGAAAUGUCAGACUGUCGUUUAGGGGUGAAGUGCCCUUCUACUUGUUUUAUGUUCAAACUGUCAGAACCUGUACUGCUACACCUCUACAAUGUCAUUCUAAAAGUAUACAAUCACUUAAUUGCAAUAUCAAAGUUACAAGGUAAUGCAUGACUCAUUCAUAUCAAUGUGAACAAAUAGACAUUACAUUUGACAGCAAUCUGAAUGGUAAAGGGUUAAUCUUCCUUUUUUCUUCUUCAGUUUAUGGUAUCUCUAACCCAAUUUUGUAAUUGUUGCAUUCUUGUCACCUGACAUAGGAAUGUUACAGUAUUUUUCAGCAUACAAGUUACUGUAGUAAGUAGUUUAAACAUUCAAGAAUUGUCUUUCCAAAUCCUACUGAAUUUCACGUGGAAUUUUUGCUCUUCCAAAGACAUUUUUUUUUUUUUGUAUAUUCUGAGCAACCUUUUUUUGGCUGUAAAAAUUUGACUUGUAUACUGGAAAAUACAGAAAACUAACUGUGCCUAAUCGUGAAUUGAACUUUGAUUAAGCUCCUUCCACUAUCACCACUGACUCUUCCCACUACCAAAUUCAUGUCCAGAAACCAAUCUUAAACUGUGCACCCCACAUAUCAUAUUGCACACAUGGAAACCAAAACACAUUAAAAAAAAAGAAAGAAAACACACCUCAACCUGUGGGAGGGACACUACAGAAGAGCAUUCUACUUAAUCCUGCUUAAUCCCUGAAACUACAUGGCUACCAAAUCUCAAACAUCUAAUCAUCUCCAACCCACCACAACUUCUAUUACUGCUACUUACACAUCUACUACGUGUUGUUUCUAUAUAUGUACAACCACCUAAACUGCUCUGUAGAAUAACCACUACACAAAACCACAGUACACACCUACACAAGUCAAUGUACACCCCUACACAAAUCCAUGGUAUAUCCCUAACAAAACCAUAGUAGACCCCUACACAAAGCCAUAGUACAUCCCUAACAAAACCAUAGUAGACCCAUAUACAAAUCCAUAGUGCGUCCCUAACAAAACCAUAGUAGACCCCUACACAAAACCAUAGUAGACUCCUACACAAAUCCAUAGUGCAUCCCUAACAAAACCAUAGUAGACCCCUACACAAAACCACAGUAGACCCCUACACAAAUCCAU